AUGUUGUCGAUUCUUGCUUGGCUGAAAGGAUCAACUAACACAACUGGGCAGCGGGUUUUUGAAGGUUUUAUUAUCUAUGACAGUAACAUGCUGCCUUCAAUCUUUUCAGAUGCCUGUAUCACUGCUCUCACUACUACUAUUAAGUGUGAUCUCCAGGCAAAUUAUAAUAGAGCCGUGCUUCUUGAUCACCCAGCCAUAAUUCUAGGUGGAAACAUGUGGGAAGAAUGGAAUGAGACUUGUUACAAGGAUCCGACAACAGGCAAAUACUGCAAUGAUGUUAUAAGCCAGUUCACGCAUGUUACAAGCGUGGACCUCAUGCCCAAGGAUAAGAUCCCCUAUUCUUAUUACAACCAGCGAUACAAGUAUAAUCUUGAAACUGUCAUAAAGAACUGUGACAAACUGUUUUUCCCAGAUGACAGCUCAUAUAUAACUAAGGAUGGCGAUACUUGCACAUCUAUUGCCCUGGACUACUCUAUACGCGAUUGCAAUCAGGUCGUCGUUGGGCAAGAAUUGUGUCUGCCCCUAUCAUGCGAUCACACAUAUGUCCUGAAAUCGAACGACACAUGUCGUAGUAUUGAAGAGGCCAACGCAGAAAUCGUGUUCGACAAUAGCACGAAGAGAAUCAUUCCUCUUCGCCAAGUCAAUCCCUGGAUUGAUACAUACUGUUCCAAUCUUCAAAGUACUUCUUGGGCCUAUGGAAAAGUCUUGUGUCUAACCCCUCAGUCGGGGCUUUUCAACGCGACAGAUCCAGUGUCUACGUCCUACAAUCCUUGGGGCACGGAAAGUUCUGGCUAUGGCUCAUGGGUGGUUCUCCCUCCAGAUAAUGCCACUGUUGCAGCCGAAACCACCAAGCAUUGUGGGAAAUGGCAUACAGCCACUACUGAGGAUUCUUGUACACAGAUUUGUGUCCAAGACAGGAUCACAAGCAAUUUGUUCUUGCAGGUUAAUCCUUCCCUGCAGUCUGCAAACUGUACGGGACUUCUCAUCCCAGGAAAUGCGUACUGCACUGGUCCUAUGCGCGGUUGGAAUUAUACUGUGGCAACCUAA